AUGCCUAUUAUUCCAGCUAACCUGGCUCCUCCCCCUAUGCCUGUUAUUCCAACUAACCUGGCUCCACCCCCUAUGCCUGUUAUUCCAGCUAACCUGGCUCCUCCCCCUAUGCCUGUUAUUCCAACUAACCUGGCUCCACCCCCUAUGCCUGUUAUUCCAGCUAACCUAGAUCCUCCACCUAUGCCUGUCAUCCGGAAAGACCUGGCUCCGCCGCCAAUGCCAAUCAUUCCAGAUAACCUGGCUCCUCCCUCUAUGCCUGUUAUUCCAGAUACCCUAGAUCCUCCACCUAUGCCUGUCAUCUGGGAUGAUGCGGCUCCGCCGUUUGAUCCCAUGGGCGGCUACCCCAGUUCACCUCCCACCCAGUCUGACAUUGAGUUCAAGGAUGUGACAGAUCAGACGAAUUAUACCAAGCAGCAGCUACGGGCAAUAUACAACCAAAUAAUUGACAGUUCCGUCGGCGACAGUAGUUAUGACGGAAAGGUCACAAUGUUCAAGAACCUCUGGCUGCAUCAGCUGCAGUCAGAGAUUCUGACUUAUAAUGCGCUGGAGGAAAUUGACUCUGGGCUGGCAGGGAUUGAAUUGAGUUUGGAAAAGCAUUUGUAUACCGGUAGAGAUGAAUAA